UCUUCAGAUCAUCAUGCCUGAACCAGCUAAAUCCGCACCGAAGAAAGGAUCCAAGAAGGCCGUCACAAAGACCGCCGGUAAGGGAGGAAAGAAGCGCAGGAAGUCCAGGAAGGAGAGUUACGCUAUCUACGUGUAUAAAGUCCUGAAACAGGUUCAUCCUGACACCGGGAUCUCUUCCAAGGCGAUGGGAAUCAUGAACUCUUUCGUCAACGACAUCUUCGAGCGCAUCGGCGGUGAAGCGUCUCGUCUCGCUCACUACAACAAGCGCUCCACCAUCACAUCGAGAGAGAUCCAGACCGCCGUGCGUCUGCUGCUGCCCGGUGAACUGGCCAAACACGCCGUGUCUGAGGGCACAAAGGCCGUCACCAAAUACACCAGCUCCAAGUAAAAUAACGUCCUGUUUCUCAACCAACCCAAAGGCUCUUUUAAGAGCCACACAUGUUCUCGUUUAAAGAGUUUUUUGUGCAUAUGAAGACUAGGAAGAGAUUACAAACCGGUUCGUCUGAAAUGAUUAAUCAGAAGUUAUUCUCUAACGGUGGUAUUUGUUAAUGAUUAGCAAAGUUAUUUCUCUUCUCCAGGAGACAAACAUAUGUUUGCUU